AUGUAUAAAACCAGUACGUGUAGUCUCCUCCAAAACGUUUUGUUACCGUCGACACUGUCGUCGCCACAAACGAACCGUCGUCGUUGUCUCGAGCGCUCUCACACACGCACGCACAUGUCAGCAUUUUAUUAUGAUACAAAUUAUAAGAAUCGUUUUUAUUCUAUCUCUCCUUCUCGCUGUUAUUUUCUAACGAUCGAAUUCUUUACUUUGCAUCUAUUUCUUUUUCUAUUCUCAUCUUUCUUUCUAUCUAUCUCUACUUGCUUCUCUCUCUCACUCUCUCUCUCUCUGUUUUUCCUUGUUAUGUUUUCUUUAGUUUUCCUUUUAAAAGUUUUUUUUUCAGUUUAUCUUUCUUUCAACAAUACCAUCCUCUUUUUCUUUCUUUCUUUCUUUCUUUCUUUCUUUUCUUACAAAUUUCACUGUCUAUCCCACGGUGGUGUUAUUCUAGAUUCACAGAUACCUGCGUCUCUCUUCCUCUUCAUUUCUCUCUCUCAUUUUUUUUCCUUCUGGAAACUAUUUUCCUUCUUUCUUUCUAUUUAUCACAACGCGUUCAUUAUCUAUCUAUCUAUCUAUCUAUCUAUCUAUCUAUCUAUCUAUUUCAACGCGUUUGUUAUCUAUCUAUCCAUCUAUCUAUACAUUUCAACGCGUUCAUUAUCUAUCUAUCUAUUUCAACGCGUUCGUUAUCUAUCUAUCCAUCUAUCUAUCUAUACAUUUCAACGCGUUCGUUAUCUAUCUAUCUAUCUAUCUAUCUAUCUAUUUCAACGCGUUCGUUAUCUAUCUAUCCAUCUAUCUAUCUAUACAUUUCAACGCGUUCAUUAUCUAUCUAUCCAUCUAUCUAUCUAUACAUUUCAACGCGUUCAUUAUCUAUCUAUUUCAACGCGUUCGUUAUCUAUCUAUCCAUCUAUCUAUCUAUACAUUUCAACGCGUUCAUUAUCUAUCUAUCCAUCUAUCUAUCUAUACAUUUCAUCUUAUCUAUCUAUCUAUUUUUCAACGCGUUCGUUAUCUAUCUAUCCAUCUAUCUAUCUAUACAUUUCAACGCGUUCAUUAUCUAUCUAUCCAUCUAUCUAUCUAUACAUUUCAACGCUGAGUGUCACAAAGCCCUUUCAGAGACCCUCAAUGAGGCUUGUCCCUCCGCCGGUCGGAGGUAGAACCCACAGACCGUGCAUGAACUGA